AUGAUGCUUAAAAGUAAUGUUCGAAAUCACCUUGAUGUCAGCUUUGAGACCAUGUGUAAAAUCAAGUUUUACGUUAUCCAAACAGCCCAAAGUUUAACUACAAUUUCCAAGACUACCAUGAAUAGUAUUCAAGGUGACUAUAUCUACCGAGAACUACGCACGGCAAAACUUCAAAUAGUAAUGUAUCGUAAGGCAGCAUAUUACACGGUCUGUGGAAUAAACUGGGGGAUUAUGAGACAACCAGGCUUUGAGCAGAAUAAGUUUUUGAUCGAGUGUUACACUUGUUCACAGCAUAAAAAGGUAGAAUACAAUAAUGACGAAUGGUUGCACGAGCGUGAUGCCCAUCAAAAUGCAAAAGAUAAGCUGACCAAGGCUGCUGAUUUUACACGCCAGAUUAUGCUGUUCUAA